AGCGAGAGAUUUCCCUCCAAAGGUAGAAGAAGCAAAGCAUCUCAUUCCCCAGGCCCGGCCAGGCCACCCCCCCCUCUACUUUUGUAGCUUUCCCAUUCCCCCUCUUGCGUGCAAGCAUCUUCCCCGCUCCAUCUCCAUCUUGUUUAAUCCCCCUCCUAGCUCUCGUGAUCUUGGCCGAUCGAGCUCCUUCUUCUACCGCGUCGUUCCCUGUCUGUUCGUUUCCGUCGCGCGGGGCGCCGCGGUUGCUUGCCUUGCUUACCUUGCCGAGAGAUCGUGAUCGUGAUCGUGAGCAGUGCGUGACCCGGCCACCCUGCUUGGCGUCUUCCGGAGGCCGGGGGCCGCGGCGGCCGUUGCUGUUUAUUCGUCCGUUUCCCAUCAAUGCACUCCUCCCUUGCCUCCGCUGCAUGCAAUCCGUGUGUGUGAGUGCUCGCCGGCGUUGGUUUCGUGCGUCGCCUGCCUGUCGUCCUCACCGCAACGCCCUCCCCUCCCCGCCGCGCUCGUCGCAGCAACUAGCAUUGCCUGCUUCUCCUUCCGCUACAAGAAUCUGAGGAGCACCCCUCCCUCCUCCCUCGCUGUUCCCCCAGGCCCCAGCUCCCUCCUUUCUCGACAGAAGAGUGUUUCGUCUGCGCAUUGCUCCGACCGACCGAGGAGCACAGCCAUUGCCGCGUUCGCUUCGCUCGCGCGCGCCACGGUUCAUGCUCCAGUCGCCGCCGGCUGCUCUCGGAGUCGGAGGCGGGUAGCUAGCUAGCUAGCUAACGGCGGGGCAUGCGUUUCAUCACAGGUGGCGGUGGCGGUGGUGCCGGCGGAGGUGGGUCGGCGGCGCGGUCGUACGAGCCCAUGGCCACGGCCGACACCACGGACCUGCGCUACUGGCUGCACUGGCGGGUGGGGCUGUGCGGCCUCUGGGUGCUCGCCUGCAUGGCCGUCGCGGGCUACCUCAUCUGGCGCCACGAGGGUCCUGGCGCCGACCGCCGCCCCGGCGGCGCCGGCGCGGCGUCGUCGUCGGUCUCGUCGGGCCCCGCUGCUGACGGCGACCUGCCGGGCGGCGGCAAGGGGAGGCGACCCGGGGUGCUGUACGACGACGAGGCGUGGCGGCCGUGCCUCCGGGACAUCCAUCCGGCGUGGCUCCUCGCCUACCGGCUCAUCUCCUUCUUCGUCCUCCUCAGCUUGCUCGUCGUCAUUGUCAUCUCCGAUGGCGGCAGCAUCUUCUACUACUACACUCAGUGGACCUUCAUUCUGGUGACGAUUUACUUCGGGCUUGGCACGGCCCUGUCCAUCUAUGGCUGCAGCAAGUUCACUGAUGAGAACGUCGCCGCGGUGGCAGCAGACAUGGAGCUUGGCACAAACUACAUGCCUCAUGGCUUGGCUGCUAAACCGACCUUCGAUGAACACAGUGGCGAUAGAGAGAUUGCUGGGUUCUGGGGUUACCUGCUCCAGAUCAUCUAUCAGACAAAUGCAGGUGCCGUGAUGCUUACAGACUGUGUGUUUUGGUUCAUCAUUUUCCCAUUCCUCACCGUCAAAGACUACAAUCUCAACUUCUUGUUGAUAGGAAUGCAUUCAGUGAAUGCUGUUUUCUUGCUUGGUGAGGCUGCCCUGAAUAGCUUGAGGUUCCCUUGGUUCCGGAUCGCGUAUUUCUUUCUUUGGACCGCGCUUUACGUCAUUUUUCAAUGGAUUGUUCACGCAGCAACUCCAAUCUGGUGGCCUUACCCAUUCCUUGACUUGACAUCAAAUUUGGCACCUUUGUGGUACCUUGCGGUGGCGGUGUUGCAACUGCCGUGCUACGUGGUGUUCAGGCUGGUGAUCAAGCUGAAGCACCACCUGCUGGCCAAGUGGUUCCCGGUCUCGUACGUAAGAGGCUAGCUAGGGGCACAAGCCAGGCCUUCGUCUUCUCCGCCUCCAUUGCAGCCGCUUCAGUUCUGCAAUGGCGAAAGCAAUGCAAGCUACAGAAUAAUGGCGGGGUCCGGGUUGUUUAUUAUUUGGGGGGAGCGAUUCUUGUGCAGGUGCCCUCUCCGACCAAAGAAUAGAGGGGAGUGGCACAUUGGAUGCAUGCGUGCGUUUUUACAGGGGUAUAAAACUAUAAAUAGUUUGGUGUACAUUGGAUGGAAGUGAAGCAGCAUAGUAGUUUUUAAGAGUUAUUUUUUUUUUCUUUUUUGCCGUGGUGGAAAGUGAACACAUAAAAGAGAUCGAGGACAGCAGGGAGUGGGAGUGGCUGUGUAUAGGUUGACAGAUUGGAUGAAAAUGAAAUGGAGAUGAUACUAUUCCUUGA